AUGGUCCGAUUACAUAUAAAUGGAAUUUGGAGAAAAAUAAUAAUUGAUGAUUUACUUCCAAUUGGAAAAAAUGGAGAAUUGCUUUGUUCUUAUAGUCAAAAUCGAAAUGAACUCUGGGUUUCUCUUUUAGAGAAGGCUUAUUUAAAAGUAAUGGGUGGAUAUGAUUUUCCUGGUUCUAGUUCGAAUAUCGAUUUACAUUCACUUACUGGUUGGAUACCUGAACGUAUACCUAUUAGACCCGACGAGAAUGAAUUAUUUGAUGCUUCAAAAGUCUUUGAACGGCUUUUUACACAUUUUCAUCAAGGUCAUUGUUUAAUAACUUUGGCAACUGGACAUUUAGAUAAAAGUGAACAAGAACGUACUGGAUUAGUUGAUGCACAUGCUUAUGCCGUUUUGGAUUUAAGAAAAAUUGAUGGUAAAUGUCUUUUAUUGGUUAAAAAUCCAUGGACACAUUUGAGAUGGAAAGGACGUUAUUCUGAAAGUGAUUCGGCAACUUGGACACCUGAACUUUGUGCCAAAUUAGAUUAUAAUCCAAAAGAUGCUCAACAAUUUGAUGAUGGAGUUUUUUGGAUUGAUUAUCCAUCUGUUUGUGCCUUUUUUGAUGUUUUUUAUGUUAAUUGGAAUCCAAAAUUGUUUCCUUUCUCUUAUGUUUUGCAUUCUUCGUGGCAUGCAGGAAUGGGGCCAAUUCGAGAUUUAUAUACAAUUGGUGAAAAUCCGCAAUAUUUAUUAGAAGUUAAUAAUAAACAUGGAACUGCUUCUGUUUGGAUUUUACUUACUCGUCAUAUUACUGAUAAGGUAAUUGUAUAUAAAAAUGAAGGAAAACGAGUAUAUCUACCUCAUGAACCAAAACCAAUAUUGGAAGGAACGAGAAUAAAUAGUCCUCACUACCUUUGCCAACUUAUUGUACGUGAUCCUGGUACAAAUAAAUUUACACUGGUUUUGGCUCAGUAUGAAAAAAUGAAAACAAUUUAUUAUAGUCUUCGUAUCUUUUCUAGUUCAGAAUUUAAAUGUGGAAAUAUUCCUUCUCCAUAUAAAUACCACAAAAAGGAAACGGGUAAUUGGAAGGGAGAAAUGGCUGGGGGAUGUGGAAAUGAUUCGAAUGGGGGAAAUUUUCGAUUAAAGAAUCCUCUUUUCCAUAUUGAAUUUGAAGAUGGGAGUGAUGAAAAUGAAUUUUUAAUUGACUUGAAAGGACCAAAAGAAUAUAGUGUUGGAUUAGAAUUUUGCCAAGUUUCUUCUUUUCGAAAAAAAGAUUUUGAAAGGAAAGAUUCUGGACCUUUUAGGCGAGGAUGUACAAUUUUACAAUUAGAAAAGAUUCCAGCAGGCAUUUAUUCCAUUCAACCAAUGACUUUUCAAUCUGGGCAAGAAGGGCCUUUUAUUUUGAGUUUACACUCUUCUUGUGAUUUUAAAAUUAAAAGAAUUCAAUAA